AUAAAUAUGCAAUAUCUGUGCGUUUUUUCCUUAACACUUUUCCUUUGCUGCCUCUCCAUUUUUUGCACCAGGAUUCGCGAACAUUGUCGUCCUUGUACACGUCGUUUAGUGGGCCCUGUUAACAACCUGGAAUUCAUUAAUAGGGAUUGUGGGGAAAAACUCAGAGAAAAUUUGCAAAUUGUUGCGUGCGAAAAUCACGAAACCCGACUGGAUUGCGAAAAUGUGGCUAGAAUAACAGACUUUAUGUAA